AUGGCUUCCAGUAGAGACCCAUCUACCCUGGCGAUUAAGCGAGCGGUGCUAACAUGGAUUUCUGCAGAGGUGAAAGACGUUCGGCCGAUUGUCGUAUCUGGACCCUCAGGGGUCGGGAAGGGAACUCUCAUCCAGAUGCUCCAGGAUGCACAUCCAGGUGUUUUCACCAAAACAGUUUCACACACCACACGUCAGCCUCGAGCUGGUGAAAUGGAGGGAAGCACCUACUUCUACAUAACGGAAUCCGAAUUCAAGUCCCUCAUUCUCCAAAAUGUCUUCGUUGAAUAUACGCAGUUCAGUGGCAACUACUAUGGCACUAGCAAAUCGACAAUUACGCACCAAACGGAGAAAGGCUUGGUUGUUCUGCUGGAGAUUGAUAUUGAGGGAGUUAAACAAAUGCGACAGAGAUCCAUCAUCAACGCUCGGUACAUUUUCAUCAAGCCGCCAAGCUUUGAAGAGCUUGCGUCGCGACUUCAGGGACGAAGCACGGAAACUGAAAUGAGUAUACAGAAAAGAAUGCAACAGGCCAAAGCCGAAUUACAGCAAGCAGAAACUCUAGGACUUUACGACAAAAUCAUUGUGAACGAGGAUCUUGCUACGGCGUACAAAGAGCUUGAAAAUUUUAUCUAUGGAUAG